GCAGAGAGCAUCAAUCCGGUUCAAGACCACUCCUGUGAAUACCCUCAUGGAUGUCCUUCACCACAGGCCAGGAUGGGUGGAAGUAAAGGACCUUGCUCCAUGGUCAAGUGGAAGAAGGUCUGAGGGUUCGUCUGGUGCUGAUAGUGUGGGAGCCCAUGAAGCAGGUUGUUUCCUGGCUGAUCCCAAAUUGCCUCGAGAGUCCUCAAGUCAGGAAAGGCUAGAGGCCAGGGCCUUUACACCAGACAUGGCUCGGUGAAUGUGAGACCUUUUCCUUAGGACCUAAGCUGGGGUCUGGUAUUUCCAGAUAGAACGAGGUCCCAAUUCAGACCAUCAGCCUGUUAGGUCAGAGUUUGGAACAGAUGUGGCCAGAGCUGUCCCCUCCCUUGCUUCCCACAAAGAAAGCUGUCCUUGAUGCCUGGAACUGCAGCAACCAUCUUGUGACCUUGAGAUGAUGAGCAUGAAGACAACAUGUUAAGGAUGGCAGAAUGAGAAGUUAGAAAGAACCUGGAUUUCCUGUUGGCCUUGUUGAGCAGUUUAAUGUUUUCCUGGGUGAUUUAAGAGCAACUUGACUGUGAUAAUCAUGAAGAUGGUGUACAAAAUGAACAAACUUGUGGAAUUAGAAAAGAAUCCAAAAUCCACAUCAUGGUCUACAAGGCCCUGUUUGUUGGGCCCUACUCCAGUUUCAGUGUCAUCCCUUACGUUUCUCCCUCCACUCUGGCUUUUUUUUCAUAUCCUUGAAUGAGCCCUUUCCAACCUCAGGGCCUCAGUUCCUAUCCUUCCCACUCCUGGAACCCUCUCCCCACUGCCCUUGAUCUGGCUGUCCCUCCUUACCAUUCAGAUCUAAGCUGAAAGGUCAGCUCCACAGGGUAGCCUCCACCUAAAUAGGUUCCUCAGCUGCCCUGCCUCAUGGCCUCCAACUGGGUUAUUCCAACUGGGUUAUAACAUUUCACAAUUCCUCAUUAGAGAGUUGUGUAUUUGUUUCCUUGUUUAUUUUUUAUCUUCCCCACAGGACUGUAUGUACCACCUAGCCAGGUGUUUUUGUUCCCCCUAUAUCCUUGCAUCCAACAUUGUCUCUGACACCAAGACAGCCUCAACACCUAUGUGUUGUAUGAAUGAAUGAAUACUUCAUUAUUCAUUCAUUCAUCCAUUAUUCAUUCAACUAAAACAAAAGGUGGGUUAAAAAAAAAAAAGCAAAUUGUGAAAGGAAAUAGACAAGAGUAGCUCUAACCACAGAGCUCGGAAUCUGGAACCCGAUGGCCUGAGUUCCAGUCCUGCUCUGCCACUUACUAGCUUAUGAACUUAGGUGAGUUCCUUAACCUCUCUGUGCCUCACUUCACUCAUCUUUAAAAUGGGCAUAAUAAAAGAACCUAACACUUAACAGUUACUAUGAGGAUUAAUGAGUUAAUAUUUGUAAAGUACUUAGAACAGUGUCUGGCACAUGGGAAGUGGAAGUAAGUAUUAGCCAUUAGAAAGUUUUAAGAACAUGCCAAACGAUGCCAUGUGCCACAUAUGGAUACGCACAUAUAUACACAGUAAAACUAUAAAGACACUCAUAGAAAUGAUUCCAAAUUCAGUCUAAUGGCUUCCUUUUGGACAGGAGAGUAGGAGAUAGAAUCAGUCAGGAAUAUACGUGGAGCUUCAGUUAUAUCUGUAAUUUUUUACUCAAAAAUUUGGAAGUAAUCAUGGUUGUGCAUUUCAUUUCCUGUCAAGUCUUUUUGAAGCACCUCCUCUGUACUCCAGCUCUGGUAUCUGGAUUUGGUAGAUCAGUCUGGUUUCCUGUCCCCCUCUCUGGCAAGGUGGUGAAGAACAGGGUCAGAAUUUGGAGUCGGGGAGGCUUGGGAGUGAAUCCCGAGGCUGCCAUGUCCUCACUGAGCAAGGCUGUCCCCGUCUUAGGGAUCCAGGCACGAUCGUAGUCACUUCUGGGGCUGCUCUGAGGAUUCAGUGAGAGGAGGGCUUUCUGAACUGGGAAGAGCUUAUAAAUGUUGCCUGUUUCCACUGCUUGGUCGUGUGGGCUCAGGGGUGGCUACUUGGAUGCUUCCAGAGCCCAGGCAGGUAACAUGACCACGUAAGGUUGGCCCAUUGUCAUGGGCCAUAGGGCAUGGUGGGGACUGUGAUCUGGAGAGGGUGUGCCCUGUCUAAGGCGGUGGGUGCCAGGGGGCAUCUGGGCUCAACGUGGCCAGAUCUGCUGAUUGUUCGAAGGAAACCAGUAGCCUGGAUUUUUGCAGGGACAUUUCUGUAGUUUUCACUCUGGCCUCACAAAGUACAUGGUGGGCAGCGACAGCCCGAGGCCACCUCCUUGAGACUUACCUGAUGGACACACCGCCGCUUACCCUUCAGCUGCACCUCCCUGGGCCCCAGAUCUCCAGCAGUGCUGAGGUCCUCAGGUCCUGACUUUUGUCCCACCCCCACCCCCAGUGAAGGGGAGUGGGAUUUCUACUGGUGCGAUGUUAGCUGGCUCCGGGAGAAUUUCGACCACACCUACAUGGAUGAGCACGUGCGGAUCAGUCACUUCCGAAACCACUAUGAGCUGACCCGCAAGAACUACAUGGUGAAGAACCUGAAGCGCUUCCGGAAACAGCUGGAGCGCGAGGCGGGAAAGCUGGAGGCAGCCAAGUGCGACUUCUUCCCCAAAACCUUUGAGAUGCCCUGCGAGUACCAUCUGUUUGUGGAGGAGUUUCGCAAAAACCCAGGAAUCACCUGGAUCAUGAAGCCUGUAGCCCGGUCGCAGGGGAAGGGCAUCUUCCUCUUCCGGAGGCUGAAGGACAUCAUGGACUGGAAGAAGGCCACAAGAAGUUCUGAUGACCAGAAAGAUGAUAUUCCCGUGGAGAACUAUGUAGCUCAGCAUUACAUCGAAAAUCCCUACCUGAUAGGAGGCCGCAAGUUUGACCUGCGUGUCUACGUGCUGGUGAUGUCGUACAUGCCGCUGCGAGCCUGGCUGUACCGGGACGGCUUCGCCCGAUUCUCCAACACCCGCUUCACACUGAACAGCAUUGAUGACCAGUACGUCCACCUCACCAAUGUCGCCGUGCAAAAGACGUCUCCUGACUACCACCCAAAGAAGGGCUGCAAGUGGAUGCUGCAGCGCUUCCGGCAGUAUCUGGCAUCCAAGCAUGGGCCCACGGCAGUGGAGACGCUCUUCAGUGACAUGGACAACAUCUUCAUCAGAAGCCUGCAGAGCGUGCAGAAGGUGAUCAUCAGCGACAAGCACUGCUUCGAGCUGUAUGGCUAUGACAUCCUUAUAGACCAGGACCUCAAGCCGUGGCUCCUGGAGGUCAAUGCAUCCCCAUCACUGACAGCCAGCAGCCAGGAGGACUAUGAGCUCAAGACCUGCCUCCUGGAAGACACCCUGCACAUCGUGGACAUGGAGGCCAGACUCACGGGAAGGGAGAAGCGAGUGGGAGGCUUCGACCUCAUGUGGAACGAUGGCCCUGUCAGCAGAGAAGAUGGGGCUCAUGACCUGUCGGGGCUGGGGAACUUUGUGACCAACACGCACCUUGGCUGCGUCAAUGAUCGGAAAAAACAGCUGAGGCAGCUGUUCCGCUCCCUUCAAGGCCAGAAGAAAACUCCCAACUAAUCCCCAGCACAGAGGAGAGCGGCCAGGGGAGGUGCCACACCAGUUCUCUCCCUGCUCCCAGUUUCCAGCACAGCAGCACCUCAGAGAACUCACCUCCCUCCCUCCCCCUCCCUCCGGCCUGGCAGCUGCUCUGCUAGCCUGGCACCCCCACUCUACCCUGGGCAUCUCUGCACCAGGAGAGAGCCAAUCCCCAGGACUGGAGAGACUUUAACCUUGACGGAUCAGCUGGCUUGGCGGUCAGGCCCGAAGAGGACAAAUGCGGCAAGUUCUGCUGCCCCAGAGAUCACGUCUAAUAAAGGAUCACAGUCUUUAUUCGGGCUCCAGGCUUGGCUCAGGGGAUGCUGUUGGCUGCAACCAAAUCUUCCUGGCUUUGACCCUCUGAUGUCUCCCCGGGGGGAUCAGUGUUGAAAAGCUCCUCCAGGAGCAAGGGUUCAGGGUUUAUGCAACUUAAGCUGUGUUUGCAAAGCAAGCAGUUACUAGAUUGUGUGUUUACUGGGGGUCUGGGGAAGGCCUGAGCCUUGUGUGCAUCUUGCCCUCCUUACAAUACCCUGACUGCAUGGCAGGGAACCCACGGACAAGGUAAGGAUCAGGAAGACAGAGCUACUUAGAGACAGUCUCUGCAAAGGUGCACUUAUCGAAGUCAGAUGGGUGACCUAGGUGCCUCUCUGAACCUUCCUGUUUGAGGUUGGGAGCUGAGCUUUUUAGACCAGAAAGCCUUGGGCUGGCAGGCAGAGAUGGCUUGGGGAGUUGGGCACAAGUAAGAAUGUCUGCAUUUUCCACAUUCCUACGCCUCCUCUAGGUUGAAAAGAAGUUGCAGCAAGAGUGGGCUGGUGGCUAAUUGCUCCAGGGCAACCUACCAAGGACCCUAGUCAGCUCCCUCUAUUACUCUCCCCUCUUUCAGGACAGUUCUUUUGGCUGCAAGAAUCUGACUGUGGAAGGAAAGGAAGGGGAGAAGUGGGGAGGGCUUUUGGAAGGAAAAUACUGGGAAAUCUAAGUGAAUCAGCCAGCCUUGGGAAGCCCCUGAAGCCAGGCCAUUCCGGGCCUCCUGCCUCCAGAGUGUGGGGACUUCCCUCAUCCCUGGGACUGGGGCAAGCCCAGACAACCCCAGGCAUGGAUUCCACAUCUUUCCAGGAGAAAGAAUCUGAUUGGCUCUUCUUUGGCCUAGCAUCCACCCUCAGCUAGACAAGCAGUGGCAAUGUUCAGACAGACCAACUGCGAGCCAGGCAGUCAUACGAGACAGCAUCAACCAAAGUGAACACCGCAACUCCCCAUUUUCAAAUAUACAACAGCAACAUGUCCUUCCCUUGCACCCUGUGCCCCACCAUGCAGUUUCUAUUCCAAAGGAACCACAUAAUUGUUUGCACACAAAUUAUGAGAUUAGACACCUGUCCUUACUUCUCACUUUAAUGUAUCUUGGAGCUUGUUUCAAAUCAG